AUGAUAGUAAAGCGUGCUAUUAGCUUUCUUCACGGAUUACUACAUGAACCUUAUGGAUUUUGGGUUCUUCCCCCUAUUUUUAUUAUUUUGGAAGUUUUAUGUGGUUUUUUAAUCAUCGACAAAGUUCCAUAUACGGAAAUUGACUGGGUUGCGUAUAUGCAACAAGUGGGCGGAUUUCUAAAUGGGACUUUAGACUAUGAUAAGCUGGAAGGUCAGACGGGGCCUUGUGUAUACCCUGCUGGACAUUUAUAUGUUUACACAUUCCUUCACUGGUUUACAAAAGGUGGAUCUGUGAUCGAAACUGCUCAGUUUGUAUUUCUCGGUUUUUAUAUACUAACAUUGGCGUUGGUUUUCAAUAUAUACAGAUUGUCAUUCCAGGUUCCUUCUUAUGCUCUAUUCUUUAUGUGCAUUGUGUCGUAUCGUGUUCAUUCAAUAUAUCUCCUAAGGCUUUUCAACGACCCGGUGGCCAUGCUUUUUCUCUAUGCCUCUGUAAAUGCUCUUCUAUACAACCGUUUCACAGUUGGUAGCAUUUUGUUCAGUCUUGGUGUUUCGGUCAAAAUGAAUAUAUUGCUAUUCUUUCCUGGUUUCCUAACUGUAUUGGUUUGGCACAAAGGAAUUCUGGAGACAAUCGGCCACCUGUGUGAGUGUUCCGUCGUCCAACUGGUCAUUGGUACACCCUUUUUAUUUCACAAUCCAUGGGCGUAUGUAAGCAGUGCAUUUAAUUUCGGUCGUCAGUUUAUGUACACAUGGACAGUCAACUGGAGAUUUCUACCAGAAAGUGUUUUUUUGGAUAGGCGGUUUCAUAUGAUUCUACUAAUCUUGCAUUUGUGUAUGUUGUUUGUAUUCUUCUGGAAGUUCAUUCGCUCUCGUGGUGGCAUAAAGAAUUAUAUCUACGUCUUUGAUCCGGAACGUGAUUCGAAAUUGGAUUCUACAGCUAUAAUAUAUCCUAUGUUCGUAUCCAAUUUUGUUGGCAUUGUUAUCAGCCGUUCUUUACAUUAUCAAUUCUACGUUUGGUACUUUCAUACAAUUCCAUAUUUGUUGUGGUGUGUUAAACGUUUUUCCACCCCUGUGAAGCUAUUAAUCCUUGGUCUUAUUGAAAUCAGUUGGAACACUUAUCCAUCAACAAUUUGGAGUAGUGGUUUACUAAAUUUAUGCCACUUAACAUUGCUUGUCGGAUUAAUUAUGGAAUCAGUUCCGAUUAGAUCUAUCUCACUUCAUGUUGAAAAAAAAGUGAUAAGUAACUCGGUCAGUACUCCUUUGAAAAGUCAAUUACGCAAGAAAGCUUCAAAAACACCAUUGACUACUGGGAAACGCAAACAAGCUUAA